AUGGGUAUCCCUGUUGCGAUAUGCUGGUGUAGAAGGAGAAAGAGUCCAGCGGAUGAGAAGAAUUUGGAAGAUGUUGAAAAAGGAGACAACACGAAGCAACACAAAGUGAGCGUCAAGAAAAAUGAAAGCUAUUCGUCAGAUGAGGAGCCGGUGAAGGAAGUGACAAAAGUGGCAAAAGAGGAGAAGAAAAAGGAAAAGGCGAAACGGAAAUCGAUAAAGUCGAGCAAAAAGGAAGAUGAGCCAGAACUAAAAGUGGAGAAAACUCAGGAAUCGUGGAAGUCUGAGAAAGAUCAACCGGCAUUCAAGCAGUUUCCCGUCGGCGUAAUCCGACUGUAUUUUCUUCUUGCUCAACUGAAACGACGAACUCUGCUGACUCACCUGAAACGUUUUCCGUUCAUUUCCGUACCGAAUACAGUUUUGUUUGCUAUGCACAUGAAAGACGUGUUCGAUGGAGUGACUGCGGAAUGGUAUCCACACCUGACGAACUCAGUCAUAGAUCUGGUCCGAUGGUUUCGAUACAUGAAUCCGUGGUCUGGGAUAGAUCGUCUGAAGUUGAAAAAGGUCAUCUUCCCGGGUGGUGUACUUCAUGCGAAUCUAAUCACUUUUGUGAACAAAGCCAAGAUGGUUCUGCUAGAGUCACCACAAAACAAGCGAGACAAUAGAAACGACACGAAUGGAUUGUUUUGGCAAGCCGUCGCACAAGAGAAUCCCGGCUAUAUUCUGGACUUUGCGGAUCCGGACGAAAGAAGAAUCGAAAAGUGCAGUGUUUAUUUUCCGACUGAAAAGAACGAUACGAUGGAGUACGGAGAUGGAAAAGUGAAAGUGAAGUGUAUGAAUGUUGAGAGAGAACGAAAAUAUGGACUGGUCAACGGCGAGCCAGAGGUCACCGUCACCAUCCUCCACUACACUAAAUGGCCACGUAAGGGUUUCCCAGAGAAUGUGGACACUAUCGUCCGAAUGAUGGAAAUAAUUUCGACCACGAAACAAACCGUUUUUGUUCACUGCCCAGAUGGAGCUGAAAAGUCUGGAGUGAUUGCUCUGAUCUAUGAGAUGCGACUGAGAGUUUCGAUUGGGAGUGGUAAUUUAAAAGUGGCGGAAUGUUUCAGUUUCAUUAGAAACGGUCGCUCGAAUACUGUGCCGACUCUCGAUCAUUUGUGCUUUGCCUUCAUAGCAUUUGUGAAGUGGAUUGAGAAAGAUCUUCAAAACUCGAAGACGGAUCCCUCCACCAAAGAUUACAAUGAGAACACCCAGGCAUCUUUGAAAGAAUUCAAUGAGAUGUUCACAGAAAUUUUGAAAGAAAAAGCAAGUGUAAUCAUUGCAAAAGAUGCAAAACAACGCGAAAAUGCCAAAAUCAAAAAAAUUGUGAAAAAUGGGAUAAAGGAACAUGAGAAUGCUGAGAUUGAGGAUCUGAAGAAAAAAAUCGAUGAAUUGAAUAUGAUAUGUUAUGAGGGAAGCAAUUAUCACCAAGGAUGGUUGGCACGUCAAAAAGAGAUUGCUGAGGAAGACAAGAGAAUAAAGAAGCUAGAAGAAACUAGGUUGAUCGAGGCGAACCAAAAACUUGCUGACCAAAUUGCUGAGGACCAACGCCAGGCACAGAUGGAGACUCACACUGCUGAAGAGGAGAGAGUUGAAACGAAAGGAAGUAAAAGUUCUCGUUCUUCUGCCUCUUCUGAUUUAUUGAACAUAUAA